GAUAACCACCGGUUGUUGCUGUUCUGUUAAACAAGAAAUGAAGAAUUUUAUAAAAAAUGGUUAAUUCACCGCGAAUUGUUUAUGUGUGCAGCCUGUGCCUGCGCCAAUAUGAUCUCCAGGAGGAUCUCCGGGGACAUUUGGUGUACUUCCAUGGCUACGAGCCCAUUUCGGUGCCCAACGGCAAAAGAAAAACAGCAAAGACUUCAAUUAAACAACAAACUCCAGCCGGCCGGAAUGGCCAGGAUAAACAAACCAUGGAGCAGCAAUUGGAGGACUCCAAGCCAACGCCAAGUGAGAUGCAGCCCUUGCCCUUUAAGGAUUUUCGACUGGUCUUGAGGGCCAAUAUGCUAGAACCGUGCUCCUUCGGCAGGGAGUGCCCCUUCAAGUUCCAGGAUGCUAGCAAGAUGGAGCUGCACUCCAGUUGCCACAAGGGCGGCAGCUUCUCCUGCUGCGAAUGCGGUAUGGAGCUGCCAAACUGGCGGCGUUGCUCGGCUCACCUGUGGAAAGCCCAUCAGGUGGAUGUGGAUCUACUGGAGUGUCCCGCCAUCGAUUGUCACUACAAGUCACCCAUUUCCGCCCUCGUGUGGCGACACAUGCAGGUCCACAAGAAGUGGCGACCGCGGGUACUCCGAUCGUUGGCCGCCGUUCAGCGGAGGAGGAAACUCAAGGAGCAGUCCGGGGAGAUGGCCACACAACCAGCAGCCGCUCCUCCCGCCUCCAAGAAGAACAAAUACUAUGCGGAGAAGACCUGCGAGAUUUGCCAACGCAAUUUCGUCAACGGCAAAACGCUCUCCAAGCAUAUCAAGACGGUGCACAACAAAAUCAAGCCAUUUAUCUGUAAUGUUUGUGGCAAGAAGACUGCGCGCAAGGCUAGUUUGAUAAUCCACAUGCGUCAGCACACAGGCGAAAAGCCCCUGCAGUGCGGCGAGUGCAAGUUUUCCACUCGCGAUCCCAGUGUCCUGCACAAACACCGCCAGCGCCACGAUAGCCAGGACAAGAGUAGCCUUAAGUGCAGCCAAUGCGAUUACUACUGCAUCCAGGCCAAUGCCCUAAAGCGUCACAUGCGGCUCAAUCAUGCCGAAGCUUAUAAGGACUUAUGCUGUGAUCUCUGUAGCUUUACUUCCAUAAAUGCCGAGCGUUUACAAGCCCACAAGCAGGAUCAUCGGCAGGGUUUGAUCACAAAUUGCGAGGAUUCCAUGGAUGCCUCGCGUGCCGCUGGUUUUAAGUAUCCUCGCAAGUUGGGCGAUAAGAAUGGGGAGAUAUCAGCUGACUGCUUUAUGCCACUGGAGAGCGUGGAUUCAUUGCCUCAUGAACCAGCUGUGGACACGGGUGGGGUAACCAUACCUGCCCCACCCUCCGAGGACACUCAAUUCCCCACGUAUUUAAAGGAUUAAUAUUAUAAAACGUGAUAUUAUUCGAUCGAUCUUUUAUUUCAUGGAUUCAUAGUAAGUUAUUUAUGUUGUGUAUAUUUAUUUCAUAUACCUAUGUUUUUAUUUACAAUUUAGUUUGUUGAAUGUGGGCAUGUCCAAUGCGCUGUAAAGAGUUUUGUAUAAAAUAAUGUUCUCAUGCAGUUUGUUUUGGGGAUUUAAAUGCUUGUUUAUUAAGUUGUUCAGUUUUUCCAUUUAAUUUUAAUAUCAUUUUAGAAUCUGAUAUGAUUUUUUUUGCAACAUUCGAAUUAUUUAGUCAUGCUGGUUUACCACGUUCCGAUUUAAUUAUCAGUUACGUUUUUCUUUAAACUAAUUUAAAAUUUAAAAAUCUACUCUGCUUGCGGUAAUCAUCCGGUUUCAGUUCGGUUUCAAGAUCAGCGCUCUUUAAUCUAGAUUACGACAGAAAUGUUCUCAAUUUUAUUCAUUUGGGCAGUUUCGCUAAUAACUUGUUAAGUUGUUUAAUAUUUAAUUUGAUUUCAUUAGUUUAGUAGUUGAGCUUUACGUUUGGUUUAAUAUAACUAUUUACUUUACGCUUGAAUGCAAUCAGCUGCCGGAGAUCGCAGAUCAAGUGAUCUGGCGGUUCCUAAAAAUUAUGCACCUCCUGUUCGCUAUAGUAUUGGAAAUAAGUUACCACCGUGUUACAAAAGAAUAGAUUUUAACGUUUAUUGUCUGAGUUUGAUUCGAAUAUCAAAACAUUUUCACUAUUUGAGAGUGCAACUGAGUAGUAGUACAUCAUAAUGGAAAAUAAAACGCUCAAUGUAAAAUUGUUAAUAUCAUA